AUGGAAUCAAUUUUUGAAUGUGGGGUUUGUUUUAAGUCCUAUAAUCACUCAGAAAAGAAGCCUCUUUCGCUUCCCUGCGGUCACACAUUUUGCUUAGAGUGCUUGAAAUAAAUAAAUAAACACAACAUUAUAAAGUGCCCAUUUGACAAGAUAGCACAUCAUCAAAUUGCCGAAAAUCUCCCAGUGAACUACGCAGUUUUGACGGCUCUUCCGAUGUCGUCUCAGACACCAGGAACAGGCGAUGGUAGUGGUCAAAAGUAAUAAAACUUCACAAUGUGUGAUUUACAUAAGAAUAAAAAAGUAAAGUUCUAUUGCAAGAGCGAUUAAGAAAUGUUUUGCUCGAAGUGUGUACUUAAGCAUACAAAUGCCAAGCACGAAGUAAUGCCCUGCUCUUACAAAAUAAUGGAUAUGAAAAGAUUGAUAAAAGAAAUGCUAGAAGAAGUUGAAGUUGUUGAUAGAAAUAAUAAUGUUUGUGAAGAAUUAUACGGUAAACUUGAAUAAAAAGUUAAAAAGAAGUUCCAUGAAGAAGUUGAGAGACUUGAGAAAUCUUUCCGCAGAAUCAUAGAGCAACUGGAAAUUCAGUAGCAAAAUCUAUAUACAAUGAUGAAGGAGUAAAUUGAUAAAGAACUAAAGUGUCUAACAGAGAAGAAAAAGAAAGUUAAGGAAAGAGAUGAUUCCAUAAUCACAAAUAGGGCAGAUCUAAGUCAGGCCUUGGGUAACAUGGAACACUAUAGUGAUGACAUGACUUUCAACACAUACUAUGAGAGAAAGAAGAGAGACCUCAAGGUACUAAGUGUGCUGAACGAUUUCAUAAAGCCAAACCCAUAUUUUGUCUACUACAUGUUCAAAGAUUCAAUACAUGUUGAUGAUUAUGGGUCAAUCAAAGAAACUCUAUUUAAAUUCCCCUAAAUGACAAGAAAUCAAACAAAUCAAGCAAAUAUUUACCUAUUCGGCGAUGAUGUCAACUCUAAGAUCUCGUUAUGCUACGACAUAAAUGAGGACGAGUGGACUAUGAAGAAACUCCCAGAAACGUCAUAAUAGAAAUUCUAUUAAUGUUCAGCAGCUAUUGCUAUAUUACCUAAUGAAAUCCUGAUUACUGGUGGUGGCUCCCCACCGAAGAAGGAUACGAGACUUUACUUGACUUCCAGAAAUGACAUUAUACCUAAAGCUAUGAUGAAUGAAAGCAGAAACGCUCAUGCAAUAACACUUUGCAAGGGGUCAGUAUUUGUCUUAGGAGGCUUUUCAGGCAAAUAAAGACUAAAUUCUGUCGAAAGAUACUCUAUUAAGGAAGAUAAAUGGUCUCAGAUGGCCCCCAUGAAGGAUAAGAGGCAUUACCUAAGUGCUUGUGCUGUAAAUGACGAAUUCAUCUACGCUUUCGGUGGCUUCUUUGGAAGCACGGAGCAAGAAAUUAAUGAUUCAAUUGAAGUCUAUGAAGUAGAGAAGAAUACUUGGUCAGUUCUCACAGUAAGGAUGAAGAAUGCACUCUGGGCUUGCAGUGCUCUGGCUAUUUCACCAAAUGAAAUAAUUCUUAUCGGAGGAAAGAAUACUAAUAGAAAUGGAGAGGUUAAUCUCUUCAAUAUUUAGAAUAAAUCAUGGAAAUAGCUCCAUAAUAUGAAUCAAUUGAGAGUGUCUCACAAAUCAUUCUAUCUCCAGGGUAAGAUUUAUGUAAUUGGAGGUGACUAUGAAAUGAGUUGUGAGGUCUAUGAUCUCAAGGAAAACAAAUGGAGUUUCAUUAGCUCUUAUAAUUCCUUAUUAGGAAAUUCUCUGUAUUCUUUCUCCUCUGCUAUGGCUGUCCAGGAAUGA